AUGGUGAAACUGCCGUCGCCCCGCAGCGAAACCACCUUCGCCACAUGGUUCGCGCGGUACGACUGCAGAAGCUCACGCAUCUUUGGUGUGCCAGCGCGCGCAAACGCAUCCUGUUCCUCACGUAUCUUGUCGCGCCGCUCCAGCAGGUGCAUCACGUCGUUAAAGGCCGCGUCGAUUGCGGUGGUCUGCUGCGCGCGUUCUGCGCGGUCGCGCUGCGCCUGUGCGCGGUGCUCCUUGCUGCUGGCCAGCACCGCCUGGAAGCGUUCCUCGCGUGUCUUCUUCCGCUGCGGCGCCCCCUCCUCACCAUCGCUGCCGUUGUCGUCGUUCUCUCGGGUGCGUCGGGUGGCACCGAGGAGCCCCGCGCCCAGCAGCGGCUGUGUUGCUGCUUCUGCUGCUGUUCUGCGCUGCUGCUCCUCCGUGUCGUCGGAGAGGCGGAACCUCGCCGCACGGCGGGUGCUGCGUGAGUCUGCCGCGUGCAUUCCGCCACGCCGCGCAGGCGUGAGGCCGAAAGUCGCCGUCCUCGUCGUCAGUGCCGUUACUGCAGUUGACGACGCGGACUUGGGCCGAUCGAAGCGGCUGAAUGUUGCCGCAUCGUCGGCAGGCGGCGGCGGCGCUGACGUGGGCGUGUCGGACUCCAGUGUGUCGCGCAGCCGCAGUUCCUCCUGGCGAAGUUGGAAGCGGCUCUGCUUCGCGCCGAAGCGGGUGGCGGACGCCUUGGCGUCGUGCGCGGCCUCACGGCGUUUGUGCUUCUGCACGAUCUUUGCGUUCGACGCCGUGCGCCGCAUAUGUCUGGUGCUCAACGGGAGAGAGAAAAGUGCGAAGUGUCGCCGCAACACACACGCAGGCCGACUUGCUGGUGCUGCUGCUGCUGCUGCUGUUGCUUCUGCUGUUGCUUCCUCCUGCAACUCUACGUGUGUGUGUAUGUGA